AUGGUUUUAAAACUCAAGAACUCCGUACCGGGCACGAAGGGAGUCGCGCAGAGAAUCCCUCCAAAGAAAGGCGGCCGAAGUCGCAAGGAUGAGGCGGACCGCUUCAUAAACGACGACAUCAACGAGCCACCGCUGCGCAAGACGAGCGGUAAGACGAGCGGCAAGACCACCGGCAAGACCACCGGCAAGACCCACAGCAAAUCGCUUCUAGAUGAUGCGACCUCCAGCUUCAAGGCGACAGCUUCCGGCAACGCAUACGAGCCGGAGCCAACAAACGACCAUGACGGACUCGACCUCGACGCCAAUGGCGAAGCCGAGCUGAGAACGGACAAUACGCCAGCAGGCCUCUUUUCCCCAGACGAGGGAGAGAGCUGGGACAUUCGAUCACCCGACCACACCUCAAGUAGCAGUGUGAGUUUCAAGUUCGAGGAAUCCGUGCCAGCGCGCCAACUCGACACCCCACCAGCUCGAGAUUUGGAAGGGCUUUUCACACCCGACGCUCCGCAAGUGACCUUGAGCAAGAAGGUCUCCACUCGAUUCGAGUCUGACUUUGGUGAGAAUGUGCCCGACUCGGCGCACGAAGACAACUACACCGGCCCCGAAGUCAUUGCCAUCGUGGUCAAGACCGUUGUCCCCUGCUACAUCGUCCAGAUGCCCAAGGAAGUGCGCGCUCGCAUCUAUUCGUAUGUCCUCUUUCCCAAGGGCAAGGAGAAUGGCCCCCGACCAUUCUUCUCGAACACAAGCAAUUGGCAGCUAAAGCCACCAGCGAUGUUGCAACUGUGCCAGCAAAUCCGAAAUGAAGCCACGGGACCAUACUAUCAUUCUUACAUUGUUGGUGGAGCUUCGGUGCAGAAGGUUCUACCUUGGUUGAAGACGCUCAGCCCCCAAGCGAGGGGAGCACUCGGCAAGAUCAAGUUGCCCUUCAUCAACAACGACCACGUCAACAAGACGAAGGAGCAGCAGAUCGCCGCAUGUUUGAAGCAGUUCAAGAAGGCGCGUGUCGAGAUUCCGCGUCGGAAGCUCAAGUUGGUGGUCCAACCACAAGACGUCAAGAGGAGUGAAGGAGGCGACUUGACAGAUGAGGAAUGA